GGCAGCGGCCACAGUAACAGCAACGGAAGCAGCGACGCCGACAGCAGCAGCAGCGGCAGCAGCAGCGGUGCGAAUUCGGUGUAUGAAAUUUUCUAUAAACUCUGGCCCGCCCUUAUGCUGGCCAACAUUCGCGCUUUAUACGCUUGAUACGAAGCAUAACGCCGCUAUGUGAGCGCUGCCGCACCAAAGUCUGACCUUCACACACUGUCGAAAUUUCGCACAACUCUUGCCACAAAGCGAACGGUAGCAGCCAGCCAGCAGCCAGCAAACAAACCAAACCAACAAGCCAACAAACCAACAAGCAAACAAACAAAGAAAAAAACAAGCCAAGCAACAAAUAGCAAUCGAGCGACAGUGACUAGCAGUCGACACAAAAGUUCCUAAAUCCAAGUCACAGUUCCUAAGCAGCUGAAUUGCAGCAGCAACUUGGCAGCAGCAGCAGCAGCAGCUACUUCGCAACAGCAGCAACAUCUUCGCAACAGCAGCAACAGCAACUUCGCAAAAUUCGCAACCAAAAGCAGCAACAUGACAGCACUGGGAUUAGUUCUGCUAUCGAUGAUGGGCUAUAGUCAGCACAUGCAGCAGGCGAAUCUGGGCACCGCCCGGCUUCUGUCCCGAUCCGACUGGGGUGCCCGCCUGCCCAAGUCCGUGGAGCACUUUCAAGGACCCGCGCCCUACGUGAUCAUCCACCACUCGUACAUGCCAGCCGUGUGCUACUCCACUCCGGACUGCAUGAAGAGCAUGCGGGACAUGCAGGACUUCCACCAGCUGGAGCGCGGUUGGAACGAUAUCGGAUAUAGCUUUGGCAUCGGCGGCGAUGGCAUGAUCUACGCAGGCAGGGGAUUCAAUGUCAUCGGAGCUCAUGCGCCGAAGUACAAUGACAGGAGCGUGGGCAUCGUGCUGAUCGGAGAUUGGAGAACUGAACUUCCGCCCAAGCAGAUGCUGGAUGCGGCCAAGGACCUGAUCGCCUUCGGGGUGUUCAAGGGCUACAUUGACCCCGCCUACAAGCUGCUGGGCCACCGACAGGUGCGGGAUACCGAGUGUCCUGGGGGCCGCCUGUUUGCCGAGAUCUCCAGCUGGCCGCACUUUACCCACAUAAACGACACCGAAGGCGUUAGCAGUACGAAGGCGCCGGUCGAGCCCCACGUCCAUCCACAGGCGGCAACACAACAAACGCCGCCCAAAUCCCCGCCAGCUGCGCCCAAGGUCUAGUGGGCCAACGGUGGGUGGGUGGAGACGCUCAUCGCCCUCGCAAAGCUUAAGAGUUUAAGAGAAGCCACAACGAGCUCGGCUCCCCGCACAACGCCAAGGAGUUCAUUCAGUAUUCAUUAGAUGUCUCUUCUAACAUUUCACAAAUAAAGCAAUUUCUAGAUGAUAACACUUAAACAU